AUGUAUCACUCAAUAUGCCGGAUGUUAUGCUUUCUGUUGGCUUGGAAUAGCUCAGAAUGUCUGAAAAUAUUACAAAUUGUUCCUGGGUUCACGAAUAGUCACGUCUUGUUCAACUAUCGACUUGCGGAGACAUUAAAGUGAGUCAGAAGCUUGAAUUUCAAAUUAAACAAUCUUGAAACUAAAAUUUUUAGGGCUGGGAGAAAUAUUUUGCUAAAAUGAAAAAUGGAGAAAACAUCCUUGAAAGAUAGAAAAAAUAGCCACCAAGAAUUCUAAUUUGAUUUGAAAGUAAUCUCCAUAUAUAAACGUUGCUUUUAAAAAGGCUGUUUUUGCGGAACGGAGCUGAAAAUUAUUGAAAAAAAGAACAAGAAGUGUUUGCCUCCUAGAUAGAUUUUCUCAUCAUAAAAAUAUUUUUAAUAUAUCGUUGAGGUAGAGAAAAAAAUGAGCCUUUGAAGGUAUCUCGGUCACGACGUCAAGAUGUGGACACAAAUGGAGAUGGCCAUGCUUGACACUGGAAAUAAUAAACUUCCUGAGGGCGUCACUGAAUACCGUAUCCCUAUCCAUUUCAAGGACACUUUGAAAACUCAGGGAUUGAAGGUAAGCUUUCCUAAUUUGGGUCAAACGGUAUGACUUCUUCAAUAUUGAAGUUCUUCGAGAAAAAAAAAGAACCUGAUCAUUUUCUAAAAAGUCGAGGAGCUUUGAAUUUGCCCAAAAAACCUUCAGCAACUUUUUUUUAAUAAAAUUCAGACUCAUUGGUUACAAAUAGAACUUCGAAGUGUUAUGUAGGAAAAACAUUUUCUUUUUUUUUGAGGUCUUUCAAUCGAUGAUGUUCUCAUCGGGCGACGCCUACGACCUUUGGUGGACUGGCCAAGAAUUCAAGGAUAUGCGAGUUGAAGCUUGCGAGCAGAUGCUCAACCACGAUCCCAAGGUGAGACUAGGAGUUGUCUUUUUUUGGAAAAGUCUUCGAAAAAGUUUUGAGAAAACGCUGAAAAUCAGCUGAAACAUACCUUACCUUGGUUAGAGAAUCCUUGUAAUAAUAUUUUUCAGCUCAUUCUCAAUAACUCGAAAAGAUUUCUGCUAAUAACUUCAGAACACACUAAGAGCUCAAAAUAUAUUGUUGAUAAGUAAAAUACUUUCAAAUUUCUCGUUUUCUGAUCAAAAGUAUGUUCUCCGCUUGAAUUUUAGUCGUGUUAUGGAGCCUCGUUACCCUCAAAUUAUUCUUUUUUUCACUCUGAAUGAUAGCUUUCGUACAUCCAACUCUACUAGAAAGCAUGAGGUGGGAAAAAUUAUCUUUGAGGGUAAUCAGGGUGUCAAUAAAUGCCUAAACUUUUUUUCUGCUCCUUACUUGUUAGUGUGAAGUUCAACAAGCUAUAAACAAGUCAUUACUCAGAAAAAAGUAGUUGAUUCAUAACAGACUUCAGGUCUACGAAGAAUUCAGCCGCGGCGGUUUCGACGUCGCCAUCACACACUUCCACGACAUUUGCCCCCUGGCGAUCGCCAAGAAAAUGGGCGUUCAGAGGGUUUUCGUCCAAAUAUGGAGCUUCUUACCAAAAAUAGUACAUUGAAGGUGAUCUGGAUCACUCAUGGAACUUCGAUCUACGAUUUCGCGGCAGUUCAACUGGGCCUUCGGACACAGGCGGCCACAGUUCCGCAUCCACUUUCUUCGGGUUUUUUUUUUUCUCUGGAAGUUCCAAGCAAAAAUUGUCUUCUAUUUUUUUCUUACACUGAAAAAUCAGACUAUUGAGCCUUGAGCCUGAAUUCUAAGAGUUUGAAAAUGAAACUCUACUAAAACUUAGCUAGAACUAUUGUCUCAUCAGAAUAUUUUCUGAAUACAAAGUCGUACUUCUGAACCAGAUUCACUAUGCAAUUUUUCACGCUGAUUUGUGAGAUGAAACUUUAAAUUAUGAAAUACUGGAAAUUUAAAUUUGUUUUCCCCUUAUUUGUUCGUAUUCUCUGAUAAAAGAACUUUAAAAAAAAAAUGUAUUCCAGCUGGAUUUUCUCUAUCCUUCUGGGACCGAGUGCAGAAUCUUCUCUGGCACAUGUCUCUCUUGGAUUUCGUGAACCUGCCGCAGAAUUUACUCGCAGAUGAGAACGAUUUCUACAGAAGUAAGAAAUUUUCUUACUAAAAGGGAAAACUUGAGAGAUUUUUUAGUCGCAGUUCAUGGCAAAUACGUCUUGAACCGAGAAAGGGAUGAACCCUAGAGUGGUCCCUAUGGGAGUUAGGGGAAUAACAACCCCUGUUGUAUACAAAAAAGUGUUCCCUUUAGGGUUCUAGGGUCCGACCCUUUAGCCCGUAAGGUUCAAGCGGUCCCUAUAUGGGUUAGGGGAAAACAGCCCCUUUAGUGAACAAGAAAGUGGUCUUUCAAUUUUCUGAUCUAUGUUAGAGUUAAAAAGUUAAUUUUUCAAUCCUUCUUUUUGUGAGGGAAAAGAGAGCGCAGACAGGUCAGACUGUUUAAAAAGUGGAGAAUAUCAUAAUUUGUUUCAGAUCUAAUGGGUCCUGAACAUCCUGACCUCUGGGAUCUCUGUGGAAACGUUGAAUCUCUCCUUAUCAAUGGCGAAAGAAUGCUUGAUUUUCCCAGACAUUUGCCAGUUCAUAUCGCUUUCUCAGGAGCUCUAGGGCUUCCUAAGGAAGGUCUCGCACAUUAGUGACUUUAAAACAUCAUUGUUCUCAUUUGUCUAGGCAAGAAAGCCGUUGAGCCUUGGCUAGAAGACAUUCUAAACCUCAAAUCCGAUGGUUUGAUCGUUUUCUCCCUGGGAACCGUUUCCAAUACCACCAAUAUGCCUCAACAAAUGACGGUAAAAGUCUCAAAGUUUCUAUUUUUCAAAUUUUAAACCCAGGACUCUUUCCUCGGAGCCUUUGCGAAAUUAUCAACCUACACAAUUUUAUGGCGAAUGGAGAAACAUGUGCCGGGAGUAGAGAAGCUUCCACACGUGAAAAUUGUCAAAUGGCUGCCACAGAAGGAGAUUAUGAGUUGGAACCGACAGAGAAGUAGAAUUUGAGUCGAUUACUUCAGAACAUCCAAAGAUGAAGCUUCUCAUCGCUCAUGGAGGCUACAACUCACUUUUGGAAACUUCUCAGGUACUGAUAAAUCUAAAGUUAACUCAUGUUUUUCUUAAAUAUUUUUAGAAAAAAAUUUCUUUGAUUUCGAUGUGAAUUUUUCUUGAAAAUUAGGACAUUCUGCACGUUGAGAUUCUCGAAAUCUUUUUGGUACUUCAAGAAGGUUAUUAGCGAGUUCCCAUUCCAAAGAUGAUUAUAGCCGUUCUGAAGAUUCAAAUAACACGAUUUAAAAUUUUUAAAGAACAUUUUGAAAUUCACUUUCUUUCGUAAGAUAUUAUUAACAUAAUUAAUCCACAGGCUGGAGUUCCUGCCGUUCUGAUGCCAUUAUUCGCCGAUCAAAAGAUCAACGCCAAAAGAGCUCAACGAUUUGGAAUCGCCACUGUUUUGGACAAGCUCAAUUUGACUCCAGACAAUGUCUAUGGAGCUAUUAAUGAGGCUCUUACUGAUCCGAGGUGAGCAUUUUUUUUUCAAGAAAAUCCUUUUUGGGUUAGGUAGGUUAGAAGAUUGAAUUUAAAGAUAUAAGAAUUUGUUUUUUUAAUAAUCUAAUCAAUCAAUCACAUUUUUUCUUUUUAGUCCCCCUGACAAAAAUGGGGCUUUUCCGAUUUUUCACUUGGAUUGAGUAUCAUGGUAAGCUAGAAAAAAAUUAUUCCUCUUCCUUCAUUUUCACCAACUUUCUCAUUUUUUACUCUAUUUUCUGUAAAUAAUAAUGCCUUAUUUUUUUCCAGCUAUGCGGCAAACGCGAAAAAGUUAUCAUCGAUGCUGACGGAUCAACCGGCGACUGCUCCAUUUUCAUCCCUUCAGUACUCCCUUAAACUGGCCACGGCCAAAAAACCGCAGUAUUUCAAACUGAAAGGUCGCGACGUUUCUUUUAUAUCUUUCCAUUCUCUUGACAUAAUUACAGUUAUUAUUGCCGCUUUCAUUUUUGUUAUAUCUUAAUUUCCUGUAUUACAGAAAAAUUGAGGUUUUUCUUAUUAUUUUUUUACUUCGCAAUAAACAAAUCAGAAAAAUUCAACAGAAUGUACAAAGAGGAUGGUGUUUUAAGAUCUUACUAACAGAAAAAAAAGAAAGUUCAGCUUCAAAGCCCUAAUAUGACACAUCUUUCACGAUUUAAAGUUCAACUAUCACACUAAAAUUUGUAAAGUUCGCUCGAAAACUCUGGAACUCUUAAAAGCAAAUUUCACGAAUUUCUGAAAAGAAAGCCGUGAGUAUUCUUAAUUAACCUGCGUCUUUGAAAAUUCCAAAUAGUUUUAGAGCAAAAUAAAAGGCUUUACUGGGAAAAAACUCUAGUUUCCACUGAAGAGGCCCCUCGAGGACUACGUGGAGGCGACACUAAAAAGGCCACUAAAGCCACCUCUUGA